AAGUUAUUUAUUUAUCUAACCAAACAACUGACCCAAACAGAACUCGCUUUGAAACAGUAUCCAAGUAGCCUCCGCCAUGUACCACUGCGAUAACGAAACGCGUAAAAAAUUUUACGAAUCCUUUGGAGAAACUGAAGAAACGGUAACUGAACGCGUAAAAACAAUAAAAAUAUGGCUGCAGACACAAACCCACCUUCCCGAAAUCAUGGAUGAUGCAAGAAUCCGAAACAUAUUGCAUUUGAGUAAAUUCAACGUGGACAAAACGAAGGAGAAAAUUGAUAACUAUUACACCUUCAGGACCAAGUAUCCAAACGUUUUUAACGACAGCAACCCGAAAUCGCAAGCUUUGAAGGAGACUAUGGAUACAAUACACUUAUGCAACCACCCGAAGCUUCUGGAUGGUGCCCAUAGGGUUCUGUUUAUGAGCCCCAAGAAGAAAAAUGUGCUCAGUUCUAUUAAUGGAAUAAAAAUAUUUUUUUGUAUUUAUGAGAUUAGGUUGCAAGAAGACUUGAUGAUUGAUGAUGUUAUUAUUGUUAAUAUGGCCAACGUUACUUUCAGAGAUAUGUGUACAUUAUCACCUAGAAUAGCGCUAGCAGCUGUUAAAAUCUACAAAAAUACUUUCUCCAUGAGGCUAAGAGCAAUGUAUUUUGUUAAUAGUCCCGCGUACGUCUCAGUCUGGAUGGCACUUUUUAAAUUACUUUUUCCGGCCAAAAUUUUUGCCAGGUUGCAAGUCUACAGGGACAGUGAAGUUUUGAAGGACAUAUUUUCUCCCGAGGAUCUACCAAAGGAUUUUGGAGGAAGCGGGCCAUCGUUAGAUGAACUCAACGAUAUGAUAAAACAAAAAUUCGUCGACUAUCAGGACAGGUUCGAUCUUUUGGAUACACUAAAGGUUGAUGAAAGUUUAAGAGCAUAAGAAUUACUCAAACCGAUCAUUCUUUUUAUGUUUUUGGUAGAAUAAACAUAUAUAGUUUUAUGUUGUCUAUAAAUAAAAUGUUACUAUGA